UCAGGGUCAGCUGUGCUUGAAGCGGUGAGCGUGUGGAUGAUUCAGAGAUUCGAGUGAGCAACCGAGAGCACAGUCCUGACAGCGCCGAGCUUAGCAACACCACAAGGAGCCCUUUAGCUAGCUAGCUAAUAAACAAGCGGAAACAAACGUUUUUCCAGACAAUGUUACUUUGACAAGACAUGGAAACGAACACCAGGAGGGAGGCGACGAGAAAAUCUGGAUGAAUUGGUGGACCAUACGCCUGGCUGAAGAAAAAAACGCCUGCUUCAGAGAACGCACUCUAACGUUAGUUAGCUAGCUAAUGUGGAUUUGACUUUCUCAGUCAUAUGGUCGUACGUUUUAUAUUUAAUGGAUGGGCUUCGWUCAGCAAGCAGUGUAAGGCUAUUUAACUGAACAUUAAUAAUUUAGCGAGCUAGCCUGAGUACUGCCUUGAACUUGCUAGUUAGCUAACUUACUAGCCAGCGUUAGCAAUUGGACCAGCACUUCAUAUUCAAUCAUCCUGCCUCUUCACUUUUCAAUUCAUGAAUUUGCGGUAGCGCAAGCUGAUGCGUCGUCUGCUUCAAUAGCUCAAGCCAGCCCAGCACACCCAUGGUCCAGCAGGCAGCUGAUGGAAGAUCCGGUUCCCAACGUGCCCACCAUGGUCUCCAGGCUGCCCAAGUUUGGCUCACGCCCCGCGGCUGUGGCUUGCACCGCCCCACUGACCAAUGGGUCCCACCACCAACCCGUCCCCAGCACCACUGGCAAAGGGUUACCCACUGCCACCACCAGGCAGAACGGGACAAUACGGAUGCCCCCCUCCUUCUCACUGAAGUGGAAGAAAGGGAAAGGAGGAGAAGCUGUGGAGAAGGGGGUGGAGGAGGGGGAGGAGGGCGGAACUGGAGCUGGGCAUCACCUCCGACAACUGCAGCCCUCACCAGCGGCGGUACGGGAGAUUAAGAAGCCGUCCACCAUGCCUGCCACGGCUAAGGUACGGGGGUGUGCUUCUGUGGUAUCCUCCACCUGCCCUAGAACUAUACCCUCCAAAACUGGGCCACACAAGGCCAUCCCCAAACAGGCUUUGUCUGGACAGAGUAUCUGCAACGGCAAAGCGGGCCUCAACGGCCAGGCGGGUGGUGAUGAACGUUUUGGGUCUGGGAAUGGCUCCCUCAGGCGGGGCCAGAGCUGUGGUUCCCCCCACAGCAACCUGACCAGCAGCCUGUCCCACUCCCAGUCCAGCGACAGCCUGGACACCGCCUCGGAGGAGAACAUGGUGCGUUCCCGGAGCCUCACCCACGUCAAGAGGAUCCCCUCCCCCACCCAGCCGCCCAUCAUCCGCUCCUACUCCUUCAACAGGGCCUCGGAGCUGGCCAAGGAGCUGCCCAGGCCUCUAGCCAAGUCCCGACUGGUCAAGACAUCUCCCCUGGCCAGACCGACACCUGUGCUGAGUAGUGCGGGGAGAGGGAACGGCCUACACCUCAGUAAGGGUGGACAUGGACUAGCACCAGGCAGGGCUGUGGUGGGAACAGCUAGCUGCAUCUUGCCCCCCAACACACUGAGGAAUUCCUUACUACCCAGUUCAGCCUCCUGCAACACCAGGCCCUCGGCCCUCAGCUACAGGCUCACACGGCCCUCCCUCAUCAAGCAGCCUCGCCCCAUCUUGGCCACCUCCACCAAGAAGAUCCAGGGCAACACAGAGGAAAGCGAGGGGAGGAAGAACUCGGUGGAGACGCCCCCUGUCACCCCAGACCCAUCCAGCAACACUGACAGCCCAGGGAGCACCCCGGAGUGCCUAACGGAAGGCCUGCAAGAGGAGCCUGCGGCCCCCAGCGAGGUGCGUCCCCUGGGGGAAGGCCUGGAGGACAUGUCCCUCUCCUCCACCUCCUCCCUGGAGCGCAACGAUACCAGCGAGGAGUACAUGGACGACUUUGACAACCUGGGGAACGGAGGAGACGGCAUUCUGCUGCUCCCUGCCCGUGAUGGAGGGCUCGACCAAUCACACUCUGUCUUGGCAGAUGAUGACAACGCCGACGUCAUCCACCGUCACGGUGGCACCUCCAUGGCGGGCCUAAACAGCUUCAUGUCUGACAGUGUAGACUGGGCCGGAAUGGGACUCACUGGGGGUAGAGGGGGCUUAGGGGCGUUGUCUCGGCGUGCUAGUCAGGCCCUGUCCGGGGGUGCAGACUACCCCCUCGGCUCUUCCCUCGACCUGUCUCCCUCAGACUCCGGCUCGGGGGGGACCUACAUGUGGGACGAGGAGGGUCUGGAGCCCUUGGGGACCACCACACAGCCCUGUGGGAGCUACAACUCAGACCUCAACAGCAUGGACAUACUCAACAACCUGGACAACCUCGAGUCUGGGUGUGACCUGGACGACGAUGACCUCAUGCUGGACGAUGACCUCCCCGAGGAUGGCUCCUUGCAUGGUGAUGCUGAUGGGAUGUCCCAUCUGGCCCUGUGGAGGAGACGGCAGCUCUGUUGGACUGUAGACGACCAACUCCACAGCGACAACAUUAGUGACUGUGUGUUCCAGACCUAUGAUGGGUACCAGAGUCAGGGCACAGGCUUGGCAGCCCCUCACCAGGCUGUGGAGCUGGAUGAGCUGACACUGAAACACAUGGCAGAGGACUGCUGCUCUGUAAAGGCCCAGCUAGAACACCUGAAGCUACUGCUGCAGAUGGAGGAUGGUAGUGAUAUGGACGACACUCUGAUUCUGGAUACCUUGAGUCCAGAAUCCAGACGGGACCCAAUUCAAGCUCGACAGGUGGAAGAGCUGUUGAAGGAGGUGCAGGAGCUGAGAGAGGAGCUGAGGAGUAAAGACCGGACCAUUUCUCAGCUGACCCAGCAGAUGGCUGUCCCUGUCGAGGCCACGAGAUGCCACUGCCAGCAGUACAGUCCACCUGGAAGAGAUGUGGAAAGAGUGACGGUGACCUACCAUGACAAGGCCACACAGACUCCACCAUGGAGGGGACAUGCUCCUCAAAUACUACAGCCUUCCAGGCCAUGGCCCAACAGGCAGCACCAACCCCACUCCCAGGAAAGAUUAACAAACUCAGCCCACACCGAGGCCCCCAGUGAGCCAGCCUCCUUUAACCCUGGCUGUGGCUGGGGGGACAGUCUGGCCAGCAAGGCCCAGCACAGCUCCCGCUCUGGCCUGGCUUGCCCUAGCCCUGCUUCCACCCCUCCUGCUGGCUGUGUCCCUGGCCCAGAAGAUCUCAGCCUUUUGCUCAGCACCCAGCUGAAGAUCAGUGACUCCGAGGGUCCGGAGGGCCGGACAUGUUCUCCUCCCCACCCUGGAUCAAGACUCAGGCUGGACUCAGCCAAAAGGAUCCCUCCCCCUUGUCUCCCGCAGUCCCCCGGCUCUCUGAAGAAAGCCUCCAUCCCUGAGAGGCCACAUGAAGGCCCCACCACCACCACAACCACCACCACCCAGACGUCCAUGGCAGGCUUCCCCAGGGUGGUGAGAGGAAUCCAGGGUGGGGGUGGUCUCAGGCCGGGCCACAUAGCUCCACAGUUACGGCUGAGUCUGCUCCCACCUGCCUCCAGAGGUCAACCCUGCUACAGCUCCGCACCCCAGUCCUCUGCCUCCUUUCUGGGCCCUGCCCUGCCCGCCUUCCCCCGGACCAGAGCACCCAGACAGACUCCAGGCCUCAGAGAACCAGAGAGUGGYGGGCUCAAGGCCAGAGGUCUAGGCCCUCCCAGCCUCUUACGACUCCCCAAGCCAAAGGGCCACUGAUUGCUUUCUCAAACAGUGCCCUCUAGUAAGGCCAUUCAGCACCACCCUCUACCCACUCAGACCCAAAAGAUCAGACUUCUUCUAGAGGCUUCCGACCUCCCCUUAGUAAGGUUACCAUGUCUACCCUGUGAGAAAGGAUGACAUGCAGACUUAUAGGUUAUGUCCUUUAAUAGAUAACCCAAAAUAAUAUUUUAUCUAACCUCUUCCAAUAAGAAUCAUUCGAGGUCAAAAAAAAUUGUCCCAUGCACACAUUUGAUAUCGCCUGAGACGAAGAAGUCAAGCAUAACAGCUUAUUGUUUAUCCCCUCAAAAACUUGCUUCAACACUAUCUGUCUGUGCGCAGAUAAAUAGAUUGUUUUUGUGAAGUUCUGUUUCAAAGUGGGAACUGGCAGGAUGCUUAACUUUCUAUUCCCUCCAGCCCCAACAAGCUACAAUUGCAACUUUACUUUCUGGCCCAAACUUUUCCCAAGAUAAUGAACAUGCGUAGGAACACAUUAUUAUCAUYAUCUGGCCUCAAUAUAGCAUUUAGGGUUACAUAUACAUACUCAAUUGGGUUGAACUUUACAGGRCUCGACAUUAAUGCUUGUCCGCUUUCCUGGGGCAAGUAAGAAAAAAAAAAAUUGGUUAUGAAGAAUACAGAUUUAAGUUGUCCGAAUGGACAAAUAAAAAAAAUCACUGAAACAAUUAGGCGAAUCCGAUCAGAAUUGGACCAGUGUCUCUGCAGAGCGCUUUAAAGUAUAAUUAUUGUAGGCCUGCAUUGACAGGCACAAGCGAUCUUUCAAUCAUGCAGUCACGAGAUGCGUUUUUGAGAUCAAAGCAAGCCGCAUGUGCACAUGUUGAUAUUCAUUGCUAGUUAGUGAGUUAUUUGCCCAGUUAUAGCUCAUUUUUGGUCGAGAAUGAAAAUGCUGGAAAAGUUUGCAUUACCUUGUCAGAGGAGAGCUGCAUUUGCGCAGCAGGUAAAGUAAUAUCAUACAACAGCCAUAUUGUGUAGAUUGGCUUGUUCUCACUACUUAACUAUUUAGCUAUUAGCAUGUAUUAAUGUGAUGGCCUAAAAUAUAUUUCCACCUGCGCUCGUGUAUAACCGCAAAUGUCGGACACGCAGUUGAUACGGGCGCGCAGUUGAUGAAACAAAUGCUGCAUACUCCGGUUGUAAAACCGUCUCGCAAGCGCUAAAAUCCUCUCCUAUUCAAUACUGGCCAUGUAAUUCUGCCAAAGUCUUAAGAAAAUAUAUUUUUUAAUAGCUUAAUUGACAAGUAAUUCCUAUGCUGUCAAGAUUUUCCAUGAACACUGAAUAUUUUAACCUUACAAAUAGAUAAACAAGUGACUUGAAUUUUCGGACAAGUAAAAAAAUCAGUCUUACUUGUCUGAAGGACACGUGGCUUAGAAAGUUCAUGUCAAGCCAAGCUUUACUUACUGCCUGUAUGUAGUGGUUGGGCUUAGUAUAACUUUGAUUUCUCUGUAGACAGGAACUUUAAUUUACCUGAUAUAAUCUCUGUGUAACAGUGUGGUAGAGGGAUUAAGACAAUAUAACACAGUGGAASGGUUACAGGAACAGAGAAUCCCUUUUGACUUGAAGGGGAACAUUUGGUUGUAUAGACUAGAGAAUAUAGUUAGUUACAUCAGAUGUUGUCCCUCUGGCUAAACUGGGGGGGGGGAUUCUACUUGCUGAGUGAUGUUCUAAAGUUCCCCUUGCUACACAGCCAGUAGUAUGUCCCUCUCACAGGAGGUUGGUGGCACCUUCAUUUGGGGGGGAAGGGCUCGUGGUAAUGACUGGAGCGGAAUCAGUGGAAUGGUAUCAAAUACAUCAAACAAAUGGUUUAUGUGCCGUUCUCCCCUCAGCAGCCUCCUGUGUUCUCUGGUUUUGAAACACCUUUAUUAUUUCUGCCUUGUACCCUGAGAAUGCCUUACGCUUUUAAGUGCACUCUCAAAAGUAGCUGUAUGUUGCACUGUACCCUUCUGUCUACCGAGCGUCUGUAUCUGUCUUUGUCUGUGUGGUGGUGCAGUUUGAUUGCGACACGGGGACAACAAAGAGAUCAGAGGAGCCAUCUUGUGCAAUUGGUGCUCUCUGAGCCUUCUUUGUUCCCCCCGUGCUUCCAUCAUGAGCAGGUCUAGUUUGGUCUGUGGGUAGAGGGUCACCCACAUGCUACCUUAAUGAGGCUGCACCAGAGAAGAGCUCAGCCUCUCAGCCCAACUACACAGCAGACGUGCUUCAGGCCAGGUCCCUGAAUGGAAGGGGACAGAAAGAAAGAUAAAUAAUUUCCUAGCAUGAAACAAUGUUGCUGGUGUAAUGCAGAGGCUGGUGGCAACGUCCACGUGAUUCCGUAAUGAUUCUGAGUCGGAUCCAGUUGGCAUGGUAACACGGCUGAGUGGCACGGUGGAGGGGUGUGAGGAUGUCGAGUGGGUUACGCACACGCUCAGUGUGUCCCUGUUGAUAGCAGGGCCAGGCAUGCUCCUUUGACAUCCGCUGAGACUUAACCCUCCAUUUUUUCCCCCCCACUACUACUUCUCUCACUCCUUCCUCAAAAGGUGAUUGACCCACCGUGAUGCACUCAUUGUAAGUCUGAGUGUCAAGGAGGGUGGAGAGGGACACAAUGACUCAUUUGCUUUUCUUCAAAGCCAUCAUGUCUAACUACUUCCUGGUCUGUUACUAUGUUUAGUCCUUGAGAGCUUUAAGUAGUAGCCAACGGGCACCAUUUGUACCCUUGACCUAUCAGGUCCUUAUUUCCUUGAUGUCAUAACUGAUCUUUYGAUCCCAAUUCAGUUGGCUGCGUGUACGUUGUAGAAUGAGCGGAACGUCACCCAGUCAAAACGGUCUCAAAGACGAGAAUAAAAAUGCCUAUUUCUGUAACUUAAUUUGGCAUUUCUUCUUCCCCAACUAAAGCUUUAACAUGUUUUUCUAUGCAACACAGUUGUGCUCUAGUCAUGGAAGAUAAGUCACAGUGGUACAUAGUCAUGGGCAAUGAGCUGGUUGCCUCCAUGAACCCUUCUCGUUAUGGGCGUAUGUAAAGCCAGAUGUAAGUGUACUUGAUAUCUGAAGCACUUGUUUUGCUGCCACCAAGUAUUUGUCUUCCCAUUCCUAAAUGAUUGGAAGCCAUGCCCCAUAAUGGCCAUCACGAGGACUCACCUUUAUAGGUUUUUGUCAAGCGUUUUGAAGUGCUUUCUGCACCAACCCUACAACGCAUGCGUACAACAUCACCUUGUUCUGAAUCUGCCUCAGGACCUGAAAAACAUCAACUCUGCUAUUUGGAAUGCACGGCUGCUUCCAAUCCCACCCAGAUAAGAACCAAAUACUUUUUAUACAUUUAAUCUCUUCAAUGAUGAACAAACAAACUAUUUGAGGUUUGUCGGGAUGAGGAAGAGAUUAAUUUAAUCAAUUCCUGUUUGACAGUCAGAGUCCUUGACUUAAAGGAUUUASAAUGUUCAGGGGGAAGGAAUAUUUAAAAAAAAAAUAUUAACGAGAUCUUAACAGAAGCCCUAACAUGUUUGUCUCUGAGAAAUUCUCACCCAAAACCCCCAAAAUAGGAGUGAAUUAAAGUUAUUGAGAAGGGUUGUGAWUUGUUAGUCAUGCAUUAUUAUUUUUUGGUUGUCUAGCUUUGCUUGGCUUACCAUAUUAUGGUAUGUAGAUUAAACAAAUGUCAAAUAAAUAACUCGCCCUCAAAAUGACUGCAUGGGAUAGCAUCACGUAGCAGUAUUCACCGUAAAGCACUCUUGCUGUUGUUGUGUAUUACAGAAGUGCCUGCUUUUGUGACUUCCUUUCCCGCAGUCCUGAACAUAACAUUUUGUUAUGUAGAUGAGUGUGGUUCUGGAGCUUGGUCCCACUGCCCGGCUGUGUUGCUGAAAGAGGAAGGAGGUCUGCCUUGGGUUCACAGGUGAAUCCCACUCCUUGCGGCAUCUGGCUGCCAGUGGGGCUCCCUCCGCCCCUCUACAGGGUUCAACACAGGGAUGUAUUAUGCUCUCCCAGGCUAUCAGAUGUUAGCAUGCCRACCUCACUUAGUAUUCACUGUCCCAGACUCACACAGACAACCCGUUCUGACUGGGAAGGGCAAACCUGUUUGUGUCUGUCUCACUACAGAAGCAUCCUCUGUAUUCAAAAAGCAGGCCAAGCUAUGCUUCCAGUGUUGUCUCAGCCCUGACGUUUUGAAUUUCAAGUGUUCRGAUUUGCUUUGCUGCCGUCUCAAUGCACUCUGGUGUGCCCCCUUGUCCUUGUGAGCAGUCAUAAGUAGAUCUGCCGCUGUGCUGCUCGUCUCUUCCCGAAUUUAGAACAAAUCUCAGUUUUAGGCUCUUAACUUUUUUUCCUCCGUUUUUUUUAAACAGUAGUUUAAUUCAUGAAAUUACAUUGUAAACAGCGGCAUGUGUUUGCUGCUCAUUACGAUCUGUUCAAUUCAUGUUUAAUGUUCCUCAUUAUCUCAAAUGGCACCCCGUUCCCUUUUAUAGUGCACUAAAUUUUACCAGAGCCUUAUGAGCCCUUGUCAAAAGUAGUGCACUAUAUAGGGAAUAGGGGGCUAUUUGGAACGCAGUUGUCUGUCCCCCCCCCCGUGCACUGCUCCUUAAUUCUGGAGAAGUAGGACUCUCCUUAAGUAAAUCACCAUUUCACAGAUGUUGGGGCCUAGAGUUUUUCCAGACCUUGUGACCUGCCAAAGAAAAAUUGGGCUAUCACUACCCCAGUUUUUUUAAAUGUAUUUUAUUCUUCUGGUCAGGUCACUUGGUAAUUAGAAAGUCCUGGCCACUUAUCUUAUGGACAGUGAGGACUGGGUUCAGGUCCAUAAUCUUCUGCUUUGUUGUCGUCUGAUAUCACUGCUCUGAACUUAAACUCCAUAACAUGAGUCUGUUUUGAAUAUACUAAUCAAUAUGGCAGAUGUACUGUAUGACUACUGUCCUGUUUCUUUCACCUCGCUAGCAUCACAUUGACUGUACAUUGUACUGUAUAACUUAUUUUCCUCACCWAUGACAGGAAAUUAAAACGGAGGGACUCUGCUCAGAGGAUCGGUUGUGUUUCCUCAUGUAUUUGUGUUYAUCUUCCUGCCACUUCUGUUUUAAUUCCAUGUUUGCUAUACUGUUAUUUAAUAUGUGCAAUACGAUUAACGAUUGAGAGCAUACUGUUGUACACAAUACUAAUUAUUUAUGUCUAUGAUAUCCAAUAUCUAUAUCUGUGUAAUUGUCACUGAAUUCUUGUGAGCUUGUCAAAAAAGAAACAUCUCAAUCUGAAAUGCACUUUAAAUGGUUGUGUUGAGACUGAAUAUGAAUGAAUGAACUUAAACGUGUUGAACUACUUUUUGUUUUGAUUCUGCUCCCCACCCUAUUUGCUGUGAUGUCUCUGAGGCUACGGAGUGGCUGAGCGCUCAAAUAAAGACUGCACCCAAUC